AUGCGUGAGGAGGAGCUGGAGGUCGCCCUGAAGGUGGUCAUCGUGGGCAACGGCGGAGUGGGCAAGUCGAGCAUGAUCCAGCGUUACUGCAAGGGAACCUUCACCAAAGACUAUAAAAAGACUAUUGGAGUGGAUUUUCUAGAAAGACAGAUUGAAGUGGACGGUGAAGAUGUGCGAUUGAUGCUCUGGGAUACGGCCGGACAAGAAGAAUUCGAUGCCAUUACAAAAGCGUAUUAUAGAGGCGCACAAGCGUGCGUGUUGGCCUUUUCUACCACUGAUAGGGAUUCGUUUGAGGCUGCACAUUCAUGGAAACUAAAGGUAGAAAACGAAUGUGGCGAAAUCCCCACAGUGAUAGUCCAGAAUAAAAUCGACCUUCUGGAACAGUCCGUAGUCAACCCAGAGGAGGCCGAGCUACUCGCAAGAGCGCUUGGCUGCAGGCUGGUGCGUACAUCGGUUAAGGAAGACGUGAAUGUGUCGGCCGUGUUCCGUCAUCUUGCUCAGCGCUGUCUCGCCGAACUCAGGGAUCCGCGAGAGGAGGAGUGCCCCAGUAAUGGACAUGGAGACUUUUUCUCGAUACGUCAGCCCGCGAUGCACCACAACGCCCUCAACAUAAGUACGUAUAACUAG